AUGAAGUUCUUUGGUAGUAAACGCCAUGAACAUGCUGGCGAAGGUCAGCAUCUCGAGAGGAAGCCUUCUCCCGAUACCGAUGGUCGCAUCACCUUCCGGGCCUGCUUCAUGGGCCUGGUCGCAUCUAUGGGAGGCAUGAUCUUUGGCUACUCUUCAGGUCAAGUUUCUGGUUAUUUUAUGAUGAAGGAUUACGGCGAGCGAUUCGGCGAACCCAACGGCGACGGUACAUACAACUUUAGCGCCGCACGACAAGGAACUAUCACCGGUCUCCUCUCAAUUGGCUGCUUGUUCGGAUCUCUCAUCGCUGGUAGCCUUUGCGAUUCAAUUGGUCGCCGCAAGACUAUCUCCAUCUCUGCUCUCUGGACCUGCGUCGGCACCAUCAUCGAGGUCGCCUCUCAACAUGCCUGGUACCAACACGCGAUCGGUCGACUUGUAACAGGUCUUGGUGUCGGCGCUCUAUCUGUCGCUGUCCCAAUGUACCAGUCUGAGAGUGCUCCCGCCAUCAUUCGAGGUCUCAUCGUCUCCUGCUAUCAGCUCUUUGUCACUCUCGGUAUCUGGUGUGCUGAGAUGGUUAACUGGGGUACCAACCACUACGAUGGUAGCGCUUCAUGGAGAAUCCCCAACGGUCUCAACUUCCUCUGGGCUCUUCUUCUCGGUGUUGGCAUCCUUCUCCUCCCCGAGUCUCCUCGAUUCGCCUACCGGAAGGGCAAGGUUGAGGAAGCCCGAAAGACCAUUGCCAACCUUGCUGGUCUCGACAUCAACUCCCCCAGUGUCAACCGCCAGAUCGAAGACAUCCGUGAGAAGCUUGAGGAGGAACAGGCUCUUCCCGAGACCCGCCUUGUCGAGAUCGUCACUGGUCCCCGUAUGGCCUACCGUACCGUUCUCGGUAUCACUCUCCAGGCUGGCCAGCAGCUCACUGGUAUCAACUUCUUCUUCUACUUCGGAACCACAGUCUUUGCUUCCACUGGUCUCAAGGACAGCUACGUCACCCAGCUCAUUCUUGGCUCAGUCAACUGUGCUUGCACAUUCGGCGGUCUUUAUGUCGUCCAGAAGUGCGGUCGCAGAAAGUCUCUGAUGAUCGGUGCCGCCUGGAUGAUGAUGUGUUUCUUCGUCUACGCCUUCGUUGGACACUUCGCUCUUGACCGAAAGGACCCCCUCUCCACUCCCGCUGCCGGUGCCGUCCUUGUCACCUUCUCUUGCUUGGCUAUCGCUGCCUUUGCUACCACCUGGGGUCCUCUUGUCUGGGCUGUCGUCGCCGAGAUGUAUCCUUCCCAGUACCGCAGUCGAUGUAUGGCCAUCGCCACUGCUACCAACUGGCUCUUCAACUUCCUCAUCGGUUUCUUCACUCGAUUCAUCACUGAUGCCAUAGACUACUUCUACGGUCUCGUCUACGCCGGAUGUUGUGCUGCCCUCGUCGCCAUCGUCUUCUUCUUCGUCAUCGAGUCCAAGGACCGAACCCUCGAGGAGAUCGACACCAUGUACGUCCAGCACGUCAACCCCAUCACUUCUUCCAAGUGGGUUGGCGAGCCCCACGGCCCCAAGCACGCCCGCGAGGGUGUCACCGACGAGGAGGCUUCUUCGUAA